AUGGAUACCUAUUAUGAACGCAACAAGAAGCCCUCCCAACCCGACCCGCGUUCGGAAUGCCCGGGUCCGGCCUUGAACGAUGACUCAACCUCUAAGUGGCCCUCGUCUGGGUGGACAGUGACUUCAGCCAAGCUCAAUUUGGCUCCGGCGUCGGCGGAAGAGCAGUUGAGGCACCACGCACUUCGGCUACACAACAAGGCCUUGGAGGCCUGCAGCGGAUUCUUUAAGGGCAAUGCCGGGUCGGGUAGUGGGUCCGAGAGUGAGGAGGAAGAAGAGGAUUGCAAGGUUGGAGAUGAGGAGAAUGAGGAGUACAAGUUGUUGUUGAAUUUGUUUGUGGAGGAGAGUGGGUUGAGGAGUUAUUACGAGGGGAAUUGGGAUAGUGGUGAUUUCUAUUGCUUGGUGUGUGGUGAGUUGGGGAAGACGAAGAAGAUCAAGGGUUGUACCGGGCUUGUUCAACACGCGGUUUCGAUAAGCAAGACGAAGAAGAAGAGAGCUCACAGGGCUUUUGCUCAGAUUUAA